GGAGGCACUCCAUGACUCACACAACCUACUUCUAGCUAACACACUUAAAACGACCAAUAAUGGCGUUUGCUCACGACUUGGAGUUGGAAUCCUCUUCUUCCCCUCUGGUGUUCUCAGUACGGAGGAGUGAACCGGAGCUGGUGGCUCCGGCCAAGCCCACUCCCCGCGAAAUUAAGAUCCUAUCUGAGAUAGAUUCUCAGGCGGGUCUUCGUACCCAAAUUCCAAUCAUACAGUUCUACCGUAACGACCCAUCAUUGGCAGGCAAGGACCCAGUUCAAGCCAUUCGAAACGCUCUUGCGGAAGCACUUGUUUUCUACUACCCGUUUGCGGGUAGAAUUAAGGAAGAAGGUUCGGAUGGAAAACUCGUGGUGGAUUGUAACGAAGAGGGUGUCAUGUUCAUCGAGGCUGACGCUGAUGUCACACUUGAUCAGUUCGGUGAUGCUCUGAAACCUCCGUUUCCGUGCUUCCAAGAACUCCUUUACCAACCUCCUGGUUCAGACGGAAUCACUGAUGCCCCCAUUUUUCUUAUACAGGUGACCCGUUUGAAGUGCGGUGGUUUCAUCUUGGCAAUUCGUUUCAACCACGUCAUGGUUGACGGAGUUGGGCUCAUUCAUUUCACACUCACCGUGGCAGGGAUAGCACGCGGAGCCAUGAAGGAGCCUCCAUUCCAACCCGUGUGGAGCAGGGAGCUUCUCUUCGCCAGGGAUCCGCCACGUGUCACCUUCAACCACCGCGAGUACGAACAACUCACAGACUCCAACGAUGCCGUUUCGACAGACUUCGAGCAGCGUUCCUUCUUCUUCGGCCCCACCGAAACCGCCUCCAUCCGCGCCCUCCUCCCCCGUGACCUCGACCAACGCGCCACAACGUUCGAGGUGCUGACGUCAUACGUCUGGCGCUGCCGCACGAAAGCGCUUCAAAUCCCUCCAAAUGAAGAUGUGAGAAUGAUGUGCAUCGUCGACGCGCGUGGAAAGUUCGAUCCUCCCUUCCCGGCGGGGUUCUACGGCAGCUGCUUCGCGUUUCCGGCGGCGGUGACGGGCGCCGGAGAUCUCUGCGAGAAACCGCUGGAGUACGCGGUGCAGUUGAUACAGAAAGCGCGCGGCGAGGUGAGCGAAGAGUAUAUUGAUUCGGUGGCGGAUUUGAUGGCGAGUGAGGGAAGGCCUUUGUUCACUGUGGUGAGGUCGUGUCUGGUGUUGGAUACGACGGAGGCUGGGUUCAGAAAUUUGGACUUUGGUUGGGGGAAUGCGCUGUAUGGUGGAAUGGCAGUUGCUGGUGCUGGUGCUUUCCCUGCGGUGAACUUUCAUGUGCCGAGUCAGAAUGCCAAGGGUGAAGAAGGAAUUCUGGUUUUGAUUUGCUUGCCUAGCCAAGUCAUGAAAGCCUUUGCUAAAGAGUUGGAUCAUAACAUGCAUGCUUCAGAAGCAACUUCAUUAAUUAAUUAAUUAAUUAUCACAUGACUCAUCCAGUGCUGUUUACGUAUUAUCAACUUAGUUGAACCUUGGAGUAUUGUCACUGUGUGCCAAAUAAAAAUUGUGUGUUAACAAUAACUCUUCUAUCAUAAUUAAUUACGUUUCUUAAUUAUUUACUA